UACUCCAAGGAGGAGGAAUAGUAGACGACAGAAGCAUACAACGCAACGUCCAUGGAGUGGGUUGGAUGUGCGUGCCUGCCGCAUGCAGACGCCAUCACCCAACGAGCACACGUGCUUCCCUUCCCCCACUGCUUCUUGUUUCCUUCCUCGCUUGCUUGGCUGGGCUUCUCCUCCUUGCUUGAAGCGCUGCUGUUGCCCUCUUCAAUCCGUCUCCCUUCUUUAAAACUUUCACCGAGUCCGAGAAGAACAGUAGUGGCAGGACAGAAGCCGUCCAUAAGGCUGGAAGAGCGCAGCAGCCUGGUGUACAUGCGUUGAUGCAAUGGCAAGCCUGGAUUCUUGUCCUUUAUCAACAUGAUUCAAUCCUUGUUUUUGUGGGAAACAAGCCAACAGAGCUGGGAGAGCAGAGCAGAGCUAAAGGAAAAGGCACAGCAAAAAAGUGGUUCACAGCUCGGAAUCCUCUCCAUCACUUUCUUUGGUGCGUGAAAGAAAGGAUUCUGUAGUUGGUAGUUUGCUAGGCGGGCUUGUCGCUGGCUCUUCUUCCCAAUCUUGCCACCUCUACCCUUUUAAGUGUGGUGGAGCUGUGUGAUGAAAUGGGUGAAAAUUUUGAGAGAAGAACCCCUUCGGUCAGAGAGGUUGAGCAGGCCAUUACAGCUUUGAAGAAGGGCGCUCAUCUUCUGAAGUGUGGAAGGAGAGGGAAGCCCAAGUUCCGGCCUUUCAGGCUCUCAACAGAUGAGAAGAGCUUGAUUUGGUAUUCUGGGGAGAAGGAAAAACACUUGAAUCUAAAUGCUGUCGUCAAACUGGUUCGCGGACAACAAACUGUAAAUUUUCUUCGGCAGAAUCAAAUAGAUAAUAAACUUCAAUCAUUUUCACUUAUAUAUGAAAAUGGCCAACGUUCACUUGACUUGAUAUGCACAGACAAGGAACAGGCUGACUCUUGGUAUCUAGGUCUGACAGCCUUGGUAUCAUCAACUCAUCUACCAAGACCUUUGGCUAACAUAAGUAGUAGUAGAUGGGCACAUAGCUGUGUAAAUAGCCCUGUUGGCUACAUCACAACAAAUCAUAAGCCGGGGCUCAUCCAUGGUUCAGCAAAAUUAGCUAAGGUGCGCAGUUUGUAUGGAAGUCCUGCUCGGUCUUUGUUAGACAAGCAUUUGUCAGAUAGAAUGUUGAAAUCGUCAGAUGAAUUCUAUUCACCAAGACAAAGAACUUUGUCGGAUAUUCAAUCAUAUUUGGAUAAAAUACUACCUCGACUUCCACAUGUGGUAUCUUACACCGAGAAGGAUAAAACAGAUGGUAAUCUGAGUAAUAGACAAAGAUUACUCUCAAAAUCAAAGCUCAGCUUGUCCGAGCAUGAAUCUCCCAAGAUUUAUGCCAAUGAUGGGCUGAGGGAUGUCUUCAUCUGGGGAGAAGGAGUAGCAGGAGGUAUUUUAGGCAGCGACAUUGACUCAUCAGUUCCGAAGCGUUUGGAUUCAACCCGAGCACUGGAUGUGCGGAAUAUAUCCUGCGGAGACAAGAAUGCUGCUUUAGUUACUAAACAAGGCGAAGUCUUUUGUUGGGGGGUGGAAAAUGGUGGGAGACUGGGGCAUAAGGUCACUAUGGAUGCUCCUUGUCCAAAAAUUGUGGAGUCUCUAACUGGAAUCUGCGUGCAGAAAGUUGUUUGUGGGGCACAGUGCACCUUUGCCAUCACAAAUGCUAGCGAGCUAUACGCAUGGGGUGACAGCAACCAUGGCCUUGACCUUUCCGGUGACAGAGGCCAUAAAAGCCAUUGGUUUCCCCAUAAGAUAUCUGGUCCUCUAGAUGGCUUAUCUAUAUCAAGGAUUGCUUGUGGAGAAUGGCACACGGCAAUCGUGUCAUCUUCUGGGCAGCUAUUCACUUAUGGUGAUGGAACAUUUGGAGUUCUUGGUCAUGGUGAUACCAAGAGUGUCUCUCAGCCCAAAGAAGUUGAGUCAUUGAAAGGGUCACGAGUAAAGUCGGUUGCAUGUGGACCAUGGCAUACGGCUGCUGUGGUGGACAUCGCUGUCGGUCAUGUUAAAGGCAAUUCUCCCGGUGGCAAGCUAUUUUCAUGGGGCGACAAUGAUAAAGGGAGACUUGGACAUGCUGAUAAGAACAGAAAACUUACACCAACAUGCAUUGCUUCCCUAGUUGAUUGUGAUUUUGUGCAAGUUUCCUGUGGAAUCAUGUUAACUGUCGGGCUUACAAUUACUGGCAGAGUUUUUACUAUUGGAAGCUCAGUCCAUGGAGAAUUAGGAAAUCCCCAAGCCGAAGAUGUUUCGAUAACUAGAGUUGAAGGGUUGCUUAGAAAUGAGUCUAUUAAGGAGAUAUCUACAGGUUCAUUUCAUGUGACAGUGUUGACGACAAAAGGAAAAGUAUACACUUGGGGAAAGGGUGGAAAUGGACAACUUGGAUUAGGUGAUAAUAAAGACAGAAACUCUCCAACACUAGUGGAAUCCUUGGAAGAUCGGCAUGUCGAUAGCAUAGACUGUGGUUCCAAUUUCACAGCCGUAACUUGUUUGCAUAAAAUUAUCUCAAGCAAGGAUCAAUCGCUAUGUACUGGUUGCAAAUUGGUUUUCGGGUUCGCUAGGAAGAAACAUAAUUGCUACAAUUGUGGUUUCAUGUUCUGUCAUUCAUGUAGUAGUAAAAAAGCCAUGAAUGCAGCAUUGGCACCGAAUAAAUGCAAGAGGUGUCGGGUUUGCGACGCAUGCUUCACACAACUACACAAGAUUUCAGAUCCUAGAACGAACAUGGAGAUUUCAACACCUAGGCCAUUACUACUGACAGUGGAAGGAUACUCUGAUCUAAAAGUUAAGAAAGAGCAAUCAUCUCUCUCCAGAGAAAAUCCAUUUUUCUCUAAAUUGCCAUCCCUCGAGGAAACUAAACUGAUUGAAGGAAAUGCAGAAUCUAUGCGAGAGAAAAAAAAUAAGCACAACACACAAUCCUUAACAGCUCGUAGAUGGGGGCAUGUGCCAUGUCCUCUGCAAUUCCUUGAACAUGCUAGAGAGAGUUCCUUGAAAGUGGUUCCUAUUUCUGGACAGGAGAUCUCUGAUAUUCUCGGUGCUUGUUCACAGAAUUCUAUGCUCGAGAUAAACAAUGUACCGUCCAAAGCUGGCAGCUUGAAGCAUGACUUAGAUAAUGUCGAUAAGAUUCUGAAAGAAGAACUACAUCGAUUGCAAAAUGAGGCAAAAUCUCUAACUCAAAAAUGCCAGAGCAGAAGUCAGAAGCUCCAACUUUAUAAAUGCAAAAUUGAGGAGAACUGGUUGCUAGCUAAGGAUGAAGCUGAGAAAUGUAAAGCAGCAAACGCCGUAAUCAAAAUUCUAUCCAGUCAGAUGAAUGCUCUAACUGAGAAACCCCCGGCAAGAAAACGGAUGAGUCAUAUUGGAUCCUCCGCUGAUGUGAUUGAAAUGUGUCACCCUAUGCAAACUAAGUGUUUGAAUCCUAAAGAUGACCAGCUGGUUUCUGGUUCUGGUCACCAGCUUACUAACCAAAACCAGAGCUCCAAGAAUCAAGCUUACACAGGCAUGUCAAAUGAGGCACCCACAGCUGGGGGAAAUGCAAAAAUUUACAGAACUAAUGAAUUGAAAAAUGAAAGCGUGGAGCAAGUUGAAGUUGGCGUGUAUAUUACUUUCAUCACUUUGCCUAGUGGCCAGAAGGGUCUCAAGAGAGUACGAUUUAGUCGGAAGCAUUUCGGUGAGAAGGAUGCUGAGGUAUGGUGGGAGGAGAACCAGAGGAGAAUAUAUUCGAGGUACAACAUCGAGAAAAUUGUAACGCCACCUUGAAGUGAGACAGACAAAUAGUUGACAUGAAACUGAGAUGUGGUUGUUAGUGAAUAUAUGGAACAACAAAUUAAACUAACAAUGACAUUAAGCAGUUAGCUGCAACAAAAAAAUUCAACUGGGCAGCUCUCCUUUAACAGUGAAAUGCCAUAGGUUUAUGGAGAUUUAGAAACAGUAUGUUAAAAUUAUGUAAAUGGCUUUAUGGAGCUUUAGAAGCCAAACCUAUAAGUCAGUGGAAGCUGAAGCAAAGAGUAGUGAAACUGAAGGGUGGAUUGCCAAUAGUUCUUUUAUUGAGAGCUGCUCUUGUUGAUCGAGAUUAACUUGCUCUCCGACUAUAUUGAUUCUCAGAGUCAGAGCUGAUCAAAUCAGGUACCUUUGUAUUUAAAGAAUAACUUAAGAUUGUUGGCGAUUUACACAUGGGUGAAGUAUGUAAAGAUUGAGUGAUGUCCUAAUAUCUUCUUAAUUGUAAAGAAUGAUUUAAACUCGAAGUAUUUUAUAUGAAGUUAUAUAGAUGGUGUGACUACUUUCUUCCUUA